AUGGAGGAGCGACGUGCGCACGGCUUCCGCGUCAGACACUCCUACGGGCAAGUAUUGGGCCACAUCGCCGAGGGCGAGCCCCUGCCCAUCAAUCUCCCGAACCGCAACGCAUCUAUCCUGACUUCCAGUCACUUCUGGCUUCAGGACUACCCCGAGAGCACGGAGCCCGAACCUGCCCCGCUGCCCCACACAACCGUAGACCCCGCAGCGGCGUACGAAGAUGCAAAUGAAGGGUACGAUGGCGUGCCCUUCCCGAGAAGGGACUUCCGCCCGCGGCCCUUCGACCUGGACAGCGAAUCAGACUUUGGGGCCGUGGACCCUGGCCAGGCGCUGCGCAACGACGGGCUGAACCCGCCGCCGGCGCCGGGCUUCCUGGGCCGCCUGCAGCAGGCCGAGGCCGCGGCAGAAGCUGCUGCGGGACUGGCGGGCUCCGUCUCUCCAUUGCGGGGCACGGUCAGCGCCCCCGCCGCACGAAGCAGCUCCGCCGCAAAUCAUCGGCCGGCCUUUGGAAAUGGAGAGGUGGAGAGGGCGGCAGCCCGAGACAUCGAGCAGUUCAUAAGCAAGCAGGCCGAGGUCGAGGCCACGGAAGGUUUUGCUUCCACGGCGGAGGCUGCGGGGGCUGCAGAAGCGGCGGCGGCAGUGGAGGGCCCAAGUGCACUGGCCCUGUUCGGGGGCCUGGCUGUGGCAGGCGGGGCGGUCGGACUUGUGGGCACCGCAUGGGCACUGCACGGCGGCAUGGUGGCGGAGCACCUUUGGGGUGGGGCGGCGGUGGCGGCACCAACACGGACGCUUCCCCGGCCCAGCUCGGCGCUUCGCAGCGCGAGCGAGCCGGAGGCCGCAUGA